AUGGCGGACGAGAUUGCAGUUGUGGCGCGCUGGGCUAUAUCUUCGAGAUUUCUGUUGCUCUUUUCUCAGGUAGGAGUAAAAAAAAAAAAAAAUGUAGCGAUCGGUUGUGAAUCUUACUUUACAUUUGCGCUUUUUUUUGUUCAGAUUUUUGUCAAUGAAUUCAUCAACGAUUACGACUCUUCGAGUAUUAUCAACGAAAACGGAGAUUCAACUCCACCAACUUCGUGGUGUGAUUUGAUAUUUCAAAGAAUGUUUGAAGGUUUCAGCAAAUGGGAUGCUGCUUAUUUUAUGAAAAUAGCCGAAGACGAUUAUAAAUACGAACAAUACUUGGCUUUCUUCCCAUUGUUCCCUUGGAUAUUAAGGAUCUUGGUACGAUUACUCCAUCCACCUUUUCAGUAUUUUUUGAACGAGCGCAGUUUAUAUCUAGCGAUUGGAUGGAUAUUGAAUUCAACUCUGUUCACAUUAGCAGCUAUUUCACUUUACAAAUUGACUUUAAAACUGUUUGGUUCAAGGACUACCGCCAUGUUGUCAUCACUACUCUUUUGCUUCAACCCUGCGAGUGUAUUUAUGUCAAGUCUGUACACGGAGAGUUUAUUUUGUUGUCUACAGUUUACGGCUAUGUGUUUUCUUGAACAAAAUUGUACAGCACUGCCACUGUUACUUUUUGGUCUUGGCUGCGCUACUCGUUCAAAUGGUGUUUUAUCAUGUGGAUUUCUUGCACACAGAAUGAUUAAAAACUAUGUUUCUUCAGAAUUACCUUCACUGAUUACAGACCCUGGUUCUCUCACUUUUUGGCAUGUACAAAGAGGAGCAAUACUACUCCUUAGACUUAUAGUUUUAAAUGGAAUUGUGCUUGUUCCAUUCAUUAUUUUCCAGUUGUAUGGAUAUUAUUUAUACUGUAUGCUACCAAGGAGUUUCCUGAGAGAUUUGACUCAUAGUCCAUGGUGUGAUAAAUUGGUACCAUUUUCUUAUUCAUACAUUCAAGACAAUUAUUGGAAUGUUGGAUUUUUACGUUACUUUGAAGUCAAGCAAGUACCAAACUUUGCUCUUGCUGCUCCAGUUAUUAUUUUGAGUCUCAAUGCUGUACUGAUCUACUGUUUGAGCAAUAGAAAUAUUGAAACAGUUAAGACUCUUGGCUUGCUCCAAAGUAAGGAAAAGUCUGAAAAAAUGACAAGGAAGCCAAUUCGUCAAAAUGUUGGAAUAACUGGCAAACAAGACUUUGAUUUUUACCACCACCCUGAUGUCUUUGUUUAUGUUGUCCAUGUCUUUUUCAUGUCUUUGUUUGGUUUGACAUCCAUGCAUGUACAGGUCACUACACGAUUUAUAGCCUCUGCCUCCCCUGUGAUUUACUGGUAUUCUGCGCAUGUCAUCAUGAAAGAAACUUCUUGCCAAGAACACAGACUUGACAAAAGAAAGUGGAAAGCUCAGUUGAUCAUUGGUUUUUUUUUGUCAUACUUCUUCAUUGGAACCGCUUUACAUUGCAAUUUUUAUCCCUGGACCUAAAGCUUUUUUACUGCAUCUGAAAGCCCAGAUUAAAUAUGUUAGUCCAAAAGUCAUAAGUGCUUGUAAUGUGUUUUAAUGGCAAUGAUUGUAUUUAUUAUUUAUUUAAGCAAUAGACAGCACUUGGGUUACAGCUGCAGUAACCCACAUGGGAUGUUGGGAAAAAAUGAUAAAGGCAAGUGAUUUACAAACACUUCUUGUGUUCUCCUAAUAUCCUGAAUGGGUCAUUAGACCUGCAAACCAUUAGGAAGUGCACUAUUCCUUUUAGAAAAAUUCUCAAUACAAAACAAUUUGUGAUGGGCUUACCAGAGCAAUAAAUGAUGUUCAGGGCACUGGAAGUAUUUCAGAUAUUUCAUGAAUAUCGCUUUUUUUCAUAUGCUGAUCAAUAGCCCUUUGCAAGAAUAAAAUGAAUAAUAAAGAAAUAAACUUGCUUUCUUAUGCAUAUAUAAAAAUACUAGUAACAAAUCACUGGAAACUUGAGAAGAAAGAUGAAUGAAAUUAUAAAUAAAUAGAAAUAGCAAAUAUUCAUUAAAAUUCUAACUCGAACAAAAAUAUCUUAAGUUAAUUCUAAAGACACCAAGUUUCAUGACAACAUACUGGUCAACUGGCAUGCUGUUCCUCAGAUUUGAUACAACAAAAGUAACAGACAUGCUACUAAAUGUUGUCUCCCU